AUGGCAUUGACAGAGUUUGACCAGGGCCUUGGUCAAAAUAGGGAGGGACGGACCCUUCGUUGGGGAUUAAACCCAAGCCUACUACUACCACCUGCCGUACUCUUUACGCCUGUGCAGGACACAUUCGUACUGUCGCUGCAAGUCUUGGUUCAGCUGGGGGGGGAUAAUAACAUGACAACAAUGACAAUGAUACCAUCGAGCAUCCACUUUGGGAUGGACGCCACAAGGCACUUUGUGUCCAACCUCGACGCUGUGUCACUCACACUUCUCACCGUUACACUUGUCGCUUUCCUCAUCCCCAUCUUUAUUCUUUUCCCUCCCGUCACCGUCGACUGCAGCGACGUCCUCCGGCAGACCCACUCACGGGCCGGCGAGCCACUCCGAGACAGCAACAUCCAGCGUGAACCAUCACCGGAUCCUCGGGCCCGUGAGAGCAACAGUUCCGGUGGAGAGCAGCAGCACAUCUUCCCAGUUCAUUACUGUCGUGGAAUUGAGCUCAGUCGUGACGAAGCUUCCUCUUUCAGCAGCUUAGAAAGCCACAACUUGUACAUGUUUGGCUAUCAGACGAUCCAUCAAGACCAUGAUGACCUUACUUGGAAAGCUGCAACUUGUGAGAAGUUCCCCUCGCUAGCCAAUAUCGAGGUCGAUCUCUGGAUUCCUGACCCAAACAAAACGAGUCGUCUCUUAGGCAAAGUUGAAGGCUCCUUUCUAGUCCUGAGGUUUCCUUGGACAGAUGCAGGACUACAGGGUAUCACGCAGCGCGUCUCGGCCAAACUCAGCCACGGACUCAACUCAGUUCCCGAAAAGGAGUUUCUGCUGCCAGUAUCGUUUCCAAAUGACGAUGAGAUUCGAGCAAGGGGAUAUUCCCUUGCUCAGUUCGGACAUGACAAGGCGAUGGCUUUGAAUAUGGACGUAGAGCUUCCCACCGAGCUGGCUCGGUAUUUGGGGGCUGAGAAGAUAGGAAUUUUCAGGUUAAUUCACUAG